AUGAGUUACUCGGAAGAAAAAACUACUGAAAUUGACCUUAAGAAUCUUAGCGAAAGUCUUCAAGAUGCAGCCGUGAACCUUAAAAUUGCCUGUUUGUCCAUUCGCAGUUGCUACGUUAGCAAUGCCUCUUCUGUUAAAGAAUUCGUUGACCUUCGCAGCAUAAUUGCGGCUCAUGCAAAGAUUUAUAACGAAAAAAUUUUACCAUCUACAAACAAGGUCGUUCAAAGUAUUCAAAAUUUGGCAGAGUCCUAUAUGGCAUUAACUCUCGAAGAAUUUAAGAAAAGUAUUCGGUUUCUAUCUACUAAAGCCGAUCAAGGGUAUGGGCUUGCUAAUUCCAUAAAGGAUAUUCACGAAGAUAUUUCUAAAGACUUCAAAAAAAAUAAAGAAGCUGCAACUGCUGUUAUAGAAAAACUUGAAAAAGAUGCACAAUUUUACGAAGACCAGGCAAAACGAUUACGUAUGCGUGCAAAUAGUAAAUAUAGUUGGGCAAUCGGUUUGGCUCUUAUUCCCGGUGUAAAUUUGGCCGCGAAGCCGUUUCUGAUUGAUUCGGCCGAUAAUGACCUGAUUAGAUCAAUUGCAAGCAACGAGGAAUCAAAAUUAGCAGCUUCUGCUGCAUGUAUUAUUAAAGAAGUUUUUAGCACUUCAACUGAAAAUUUUACUGAAAAUUUAAAAACUAUCGCAGGUUUCUUUAUCGCUCUUAAACAAGAAUUAUCAAUCCUCGCCGAAAGUUCUAGUGAAACAUAUAAAGAAUCACAUUAUACUGAAUUUAAAGAUGCGGCGAAGACUAUUAUUCAUAGAUGUCGGUCUUACACCGCCAUUAUUCCGAGCUGUACAACCGACCUUCGAGCGAUCUCCGAUAAUUCGGAUAAAAAUUAUGUUGAGGAAUGGGUUUCCGCGAAAAUAACCGAAAAUGAUAAGUCGACAUUUCUAUUAUUUAAAA